AUGUCAGCCAAGUGUACUCACAAUAGUCUCCAAGUAGAGGUUUCAUCAACAGUUCCUGUGAAUGAUAAACUGGUGUUGCUGUCUGGAUGUCAUGGCCAUUUCCAGAUGAACCAUUCAACUACCUUUAAACGGAAGCAAACAUUGCAACUGGGGGAAAAACGUAAGCUGUCGUCUAGGGCUGAGGAAGAAGAUGAAGAUGAUGAUAAAGUUGAAUCACCAGACAUUAAAGAUGAUUCUGAGGAAGACAAUGACAAUGAUACAGCACCAAAAGAAGAAAGUGAUCACAAGGAGAGUGAAUCUGAGGAAGAGGGUGAACCAAAGGGAAAGAAGCCAAGCCAGAAGAGUUCAUCAAAGAAGACUGUUAAGGAUAGUUCUGGCUCUAAAAGCAAGGAUAAAUCCACACCUGCUAAGAAGGGUAGCUCUACAAAAUCUGUGAAAAGUCCCAUGAAAUCCACAAAAAAAUCUUCUCAUUCAACUUCAAAGCAAGGUGCUACAGAUUCUGACGAAAUUUCUAGAGCAAAGGGAUCUGCAUCAAAAAAGCAGAAAGUGGAAAAAGAAAAGGAUAUAAGUGUUGCUGGCAAGGAAAAGGUUAAAGGAAAAAAGCAGUCAAGCAAGUCACCAGCAAAGGUCGCUGCCAAGGAUCAAGGUAAAGGAAAAACUAGCAAGAAGGCUAAAGCAGAACCCAUGAGAGAAGAGAUGCAUGCUGUAGUUGUGGAUAUUCUGAAGCAAGUUGACUUCAAUACUGCAACAUUAUCUGAUAUUCUCCGCCAACUUGGUACCCACUUUGGUUUAGAUCUUAUGCAUAGGAAAGCAGAGGUGAAGGAUAUUAUAACCGAUGUCAUAAAUAACAUGACUGAUGAGGAAGAUGAAGGGGAGGAAGAUGAGGAGAAUGCAGCUGGUGGUGGUGAGGCUGACAAAGAUGAAGAUGGGGAUGGGGAUGAUGAUGCUUAAUGAAUUGUGAUUGUUGUUGAACAUGUCAGCCAAGUGUACUCACAAUAGUCUCCAAGUAGAGGUUUCAUCAACAGUUCCUGUGAAUGAUAAACUGGUGUUGCUGUCUGGAUGUCAUGGCCAUUUCCAGAUGAACCAUUCAACUACCUUUGUUUGUACCAUAAGCAUUAGUAACUCUUAAUUACUGCUGACCUGGCCCUUAUUUAUUAGGAUUUUUUUUCCAGCUUCCUUUUUAGCAUGUUUUUUAUUAGAUUAUCUUUCAAUUGUAUUUGAUAGCUAGUUUUACUUAAUGAGUAGUGAAUUGGUUUUCUUCAUUUUAAUUGAAGUGCAACUUUGUAAUGUGGAUUAGCCAGACGUUACUUCGCUAAUGCUGCUGGUUUCCCUACACUGCAGGUUUCCAGCAUUUAUUCAAGUAUAUUUGAAAGUUUAGCGAUGCUAAAUUGGUCAUCAGUACAGUGAAGUAAAUUUACUAGUACUAAUAAAUUUGAUGUUUGGUCAUUGGUGAGUUUUAAGUUGUGAGAUAUCACAAG